AGUCACGUGAUUGCAAACAUGGCCGCGCGCUGCUGAAAGUCAUGCGACAGUUUUUGGACAUAAUUUUGGCUUUGCUUGUCUGUUUGUAUUUGUAGUAUAUUGCAGUAUAUUUAAACUUAAAUAUAUUGUGAAUUCGACGUAUACUGUAAGCAAUAUUACAAUGGAUCACGAUGGACAACUGCGAAACUUGCGGGACUUCCUCCUCGUGUACAAUCGCAUGACGGAAAUCUGCUUCCAGCGGUGCACGAGCAACUUCAACUACAGAAAUCUGACAAUGGAUGAGGAGCGUUGUGUGGACAGUUGUGCGGGUAAAUUAAUAAGGACCAAUCAUCGUUUAAUGGGGACGUAUGUGCAGCUGAUGCCUGCGAUGGUGCAGAAACGCAUGCAGGAGAUGGAGAGCAAGGCUGCAGAAGUAGCAAAAGCUGAAGCUGCAGCACAUGGAGGUGCAAUAGAAAACCCACCUCCUGUAAUGAUGGACACACAACCUGUGCCUCCAUCCAUCCCUGGUAUCCCAGCCACAACAUCUUCAGUAGAAAUCCCCUCAGCCUUCGAUCAUGCAUCAUCAGGGCUCACUAUGCCAUCAAAUAUGACUCCUCAAAUAGCUUCAGCUCAUAAUCAUCCAUCAGAAAUCAUCACAUCACCUUUGGUUUUUGAGUCAGCCACACAAGCAACAGAAACAGCCAAGGUGUCUCUCCCAUUCAUGUCUACCAGUGAAGCAUCAUUGCCAGCGGUAUCUCCUAAUGCACAAACUGAUCCUUUACAAGGAACCGUAACUGUGUCACCAGUAAUAUCCACAUCUACAAGUUCUAGUGUAGGUUCCCUCUCAAGUGCAGUGGCAGGUAUCCCAGUAGAAAAAUUAAAUCUAAACCCCAGCAGUUUGACAGCUAUAUCUGCAUCUGAAACACGGUCUACAGCCGGAACAGCCCAGAUUUCCCCAAAAACAUCCUGAUGGCAUGCAGAAAAAGAAAAAGAGAAGACAGAGAUGUUAUUUAUGCUGCACUGAGCAUAUGCAGUCUUAACCGACAGGAAUCAUAGAAGCCUUUUAAAAGUCUUGAUCACUUUCAGUUAAAUGAACUUUUACAAAACCUAUGUAUUGCUGGCUUACAAGUGAACUCUGUCUUUUAAUUAAAAUGAAUUGUAAAAUCUGAA